GACGGCCAUUCCUGGUACCGCGAGCCGGGCUGCUCUGUUCACCUGUUGAUUUCGCUUCCGCCUCCGCCUUCUCCUUCUCCUUGUUGGGUGGAGUUGUUUCUACCUGGCUUCAGUAAUGACAUUCUAGUCUGACUGUAAAGUGCUUUUAUCGACCUCACAGUCAGCAGGUAUGAGCCGCCAGCCGCGCUCAAACCGGGAGAGGAAUGACGACCACCGGGCAUCCUCGGACAGGUCCUCCUCUCGACCCCCAUCUUACUCCCGAGAAUCUCAUGUACGACAGGUCCCUCGGGUGGAACACCGUAACUCCAAAUGGACCCACAUUUGCUCCAGGAGAGGUAUCAUCCUGAUCUGCGCUGUGCUGACGAACGCCCUGGUCCUGAUCUGCGUGGUCGCAGCUCAUAUGGUCACGACAGGAAUGUCUUCAGCAACCGCGAUGAGCGGCUUCAACCUCAACUCCGUCAUCAACUUUGAGGGUACCGAGCUGCAGCAGGUACGAGAGCUGGACAUGCAGUACAGCCAGAUGAGGGCGCCGGGCAUCUAUGGUGGCAUCCCCUUCAGCUUGACAUUUGGAGUUAUCUCACUGCUGUUUGUAGUGGCCGGGAACAAACCCCCCCACCUGAUGGCACGGAAGCUUCUGGUUGGAGCGCUGGUAUUUCAGGGGGUGGGUGCGGUGGCGUAUGUGGUAGCUGUUGGUCUCUACCUACACUUCGUGAUCACGGUCAACUCCACAGAUGUGUGCACGCUGCGGGAGAGGCUGUAUGCACGGAACGGCUACACCUGGAUGAACUGCGAUGUGAGUGGGGCAGAUGCAGCAGUGGCUCUGUUCGGACUCAUUACCGCCAUUCUGUACACUGCCGGCUUCGUGCUCACAAUCCAGACCAUCCGGCACGUGAAGCGCUACCUGCAGGACCGAAAGCAGCGGGAAGAAGAGAGAAGGAAGAACCAAAGCCAGCCGCACAGGGCCCCACUGAGAGCCGAGACCACGUUUGUGUGAGGGAGGCCUGUGUCCUGUGGAUAAGGCGAGCUGCGCUUGGGCCAGACUUUGGUUUUCUGCUAUGAUGACCUGCGCUGCACAUCUGAACUGCUUCAAAGAGGAUAGGCUCAAAAUGUGACACACUGACCAGUCAGACAACAGGAAACUUUUUAAACUUGCAUCCCUAAUUCAUCCCAACACAGAUGCAGCUACUGCAUUUACAGUAAAAAAAAAAAAAAGAGCAAUGACAAUUUGUCGUUUUCAUGCUGCAGAGCCACUGAGAGGAGGAGUUUUUUUCUUAACUACUUCUGUGUUACUGUAAAGAUUAGUCUGUAUCACAUGAACUGUCAGAGCUGGACACUUUCCUGUCGAUCAGGGGAUGCAAAAAGUACUAUAAGGUAACACUAAAUUGGCCCUGUGGUGCAAUAACAUGAAAACAUUUUUGCAUAGCCAGAAUAUCUAUGGAAUUAAAACAGAACAGUUUAACAACAACACUUAAUGUGGCCAAAAAUAUAUAAAGUGAGCCUUCAGCCAGCAUUUAUCAGUUAGCUCCAGAAAUUAAAAAUGGAUUAUGUUAGUGUUUUAUGCACGUUUCCUCUGACUUUGUCCAUUUUUAUAUUGAAACUGUAGUUGUGUGGUUCUUUUGUUUGUUUUUUUAAAUUAAUCUUUUUAUCCUUUAUCUAAAUGUCACUUUUUGUUAACAUGUGUCACAGUUAUAUCUGAGGUCAUACUGAGCACGAGUGGCUUGCAGGCCUCUGUGUGUAUCCGAGUAUCCGGCCUCACUGCCCGAGGCUGUUGAGGAAAUGUUCAGGUGACCUGCUUGUAUGUUUGUUUGUUUUUUAAUGCCUGUAACAUGUACACUGGUUAAUGUUUUUUUCUAUCAGUUUAAAUUUGUAUUGCAACAUUUUAUCUACUUUAAUUAA